GCCACGGCUUCGGUAGCGACCAGCUCUCCUUGGCUGCCUGAGCGGUGCCAGCACCUUCCUCAGGAGCUCGCAGCAGCCGGCUGGCCCCAGCUCCGCGGCAACCAUGUGCGACCAGAAGGCGGUGAUCGAAAAUGCAGACACGUCGGAAGAGAUGCAACAGGACUUGGUGGAGGGCGCCACUCAGGCAUUGGAGAAGUACAACAUAGAAAAAGAUAUUGCGGCCCCUAUCAAGAAGGAGUUUGACAAGAAGUGCAACCCCACCUGGCACUGCAUUGUGGGGCGGAACUUCGGUAGUUAUGGGACACAUAAAACCAAACAUUUCGUCUACUUCUACCUGGGUCGGGUGGCCAUUCUUCUGUUCAAACCUGGUUAAAAGCAUGGACUGUGCCAAACAACCAGUGAUCCAUCCAAAAACAAGGACUGCAUCCUAAAUUUCAAGCUAAAGACUGACUCUUUAGCUUUGCUAAGGGAACACCUCGUUUGAAUCUGUUGUGUUUUGUGUGGAGCAUCAUCUUCUGUAUGAGUUUGUGGUUAUAAAAUAAUUAGUAAAAUAGCUUACAUUUGUAUUUAUUUUCUAGGCCAUACUUCUAUACCCCAUUUUUUCCUCUCUUAGGCCUUUUCUUUAAAAAUAGAUCUGUUUGA